GGCCCGCUGGGCAGCCCAGCAGAUUCCGGUUUUUCCAAUUAUUCAGCGCCUGGAAACUGAGCUGAGACGUCAAGGAGCGUAAAAAUUAAUUUUAUCCCUCUGUUUCCUCCCAGCAAAGCAGAGCCACUCGGGGCAGGUUUGCUUCUGGUGGAAGUGGCAACGUGGAGCCGCGGCCUGAGCGACACAGUCAAAAAAACUAGUUUUUUCAGGGUUUGUGUUUGUCUGCCUUAUCUGGGUAACACGUAAGCAAACGAUGAGUGAAUGAGAAUUGGACUAGAUAAAUCCUGUUCCACGGACGUGCAGCAGGCCUGAUUAAUGAAGUUUUAUGUGCAUGUAAAAUCCUACUCUUGGAGAGGGAAGCUGCUUUCCUUUGCUGAAAAGAAAGAAGUUUCUCACUAUCAAAUGAAAGACCAGGGACGCCUUAUUAAAGGUGAAAUAAUGCCAGUACUAAGGCAGCGUCCCAGUCCUCGUAAUUACAGGCUGUGCCAGCUUCAUACCGACGUCAGGGGCAGCAGAGGAAUGUGGAGAUUUCAUGAGCCGGUUGCAAGCAUAUUUGCAAGCCUGGUUUUCUGUUAUAUUCCCGCAGUACCCUUCUGGCCGAGGAUAAAAAACAGCACUGCACGCUUUCUAGCGCAUGACCUAGCCCUAGGACAGUCUCCUUUGCACUGAAAAUAUAUACCGACCCAAAAUGCUCUAUAGAAAGGGAGCUGCAAGAAACCUUGAGCUCCUGCCUCCAUCACUUCUAUCUCUAUUGUCUGCAGCAGAUGCGUGCCUAAUCUGUUCUGAAAAAUCUCCGUUGCUGGAGAUUUUAUCUCCUUUCUCAGCACUGUGUUUCAGCCCUCGUCUGUCCUUACAUCUGGAACGUUUUUCCCAAUGUCUAAUCCAAAUCUCCCUCCCUUGGUGCAGUCUAGGCCCAUUCGUCCUCAUUCUUUGUCCAGUAGGACUCUCUUUUUUGUGCUGCAGCUUUUUCUGAAUAAGGGAUAUUUCUUGUCGCUCCUCUUAGCCGUUGUGUGUGGAUUGAUGAGGAGGACGUGAUCCCUCUCGGAGGGAUCGGACGGAGAAUUGUUCGUCUUUCCUGUGAAAGCUCAAAGGUUUCUGUCCAGUCUGUGCAUGCACCCAGAGCUGAAUGUUUGGGUGAAGUUUAUAAACAGAUGAAAUGGAAAAUAUACCUCUCACUUAGAGCAGUUCACCUACUGUCGUUGCUAACAUCGUGUCGCUUUUAUGACGUGAUAAUUAAGGAAAAUGUAGUUGGUGCUAGUGAGGUCAGUGAAACUGGUCACCAGAGUAAAACCAAAUGUGGGAGAUGACUGUGGGUUCACCACCUUGAGUGACCCACAGUUUGCCUUGAGAGCGAAACCUCAGCUAACGUCCACCCCCAGACAGCUCUUAGCUUGUUCCUCCAAAGGAGGCUCCAGAUCCAGCAACGUCCCUGGGUCUCGGUGGGGAAGGAUAGAUGUGGGGAUAACAGGUUACUGGAGAAGAGAAACACAGUGGUGAGCCUGCUCUGCCACCAAGCCACAGGAGCUGGUGGGGAGAGCGGGCAGAUGAUGAGUUACGGGUUGGGAUGUUUUUAAUAGGCAGCACAUGGGUUAUACGUGCGCAAACGCGGUCAUUGCUAGAUGUGGGGUUGCAGGCAGGCUGAGAUGGGCUGUCCACUGUGUUCAUUUGUCAUUUGUACCCCGCUGGCCUGGCUUUCCAGGAGCACGCGUGCAAUCCAUGCGAGGCACAGCUCUAAAACUGCGGGACGGGGAACGUGCCGUUCUGAUGGGGAGAUCUGGCAGGUGAUGAGUUACUGGUUGGGAUGUUUUCUCUUUCUGGCUUCCGUGGCUCUUGUCUGACAAGUGCAAGGCUUGUGUUUAGUGAAGGAACAGAAAGCAGCAGGCUGUCCUGAGGUCACAUUAAUGGCUUUGCUCCCUUCCAUCCCUCUUGUAACACGGUGUAAACUUUCCAUGUAGAAAAAGCAUUGACCUGCCUGGCUGCUGUCCUGCUCUGGACCCUCUAAAACUGGCAGAGGGACAGCAAAGGGUCCCAGAAGCAGUAGCCAAGGAUUUUUGUGCAGAGGGGACUGAGCAUGGGCUCCACUCAGGCCUUCAGUCAGCCUUUCAUGUAAGAGUGAGACCAGAGGGGUCUGUCCAGUGUUACGAGCCGGGUUCUUCUCUGGGGUGCCAGGCAAAUCCAAGGAAUUUUAAAUAAGAAGGCCCAGAGUCCUUCUGAGAUGGGCUUGAGUUCCCCCUGCCUCUCCUAAGAGAGGAUGCUCACGCUUUCUCACUGCCCAGGCUGGGCUCAUCGUCCUGUCCUGGCCAGCUCCAUCUGCCACUUCUGCCCGGCAGUGAUGGUUCAUGGCCCUUCCUGAACGGGCCCUGGCCUGCUGAUCUCACAGCCUUCUCCUUAGUAAGCUGAGGAUAUUUGGGCUGGAUGAAAGGGCUGUUAGAUGGGUUCAAAACUGGCUGAACUGCUAGGCUGAAAGGGGGGUAAUCAGUGGCUGGUAGGUGAUUCGCUGGCGAUUUGCUGCCUGCAGCCACAAAUGCCCACCUGGGUGACAGGGGUAGGACUGGCCAGGGUAAGAAAAGCUCGUCUGACCCUGUGUGGUUUCAGGAAGACAACAUUUCAAGUGCACCCUGUUUUUCCCGCUUGUUUUAGCGGACUGUUAUUGCUGGGGCUUCCAGAGGCUUGUCUAGUUACACGAAGAGGAAUUUCCAGCUUCAGAGUUGUGUCUCAGCCCCUUCAUCCUUUGCUAGCGUGAAUGGUCCUGGCUAAACAGGCCCUAAAAGUCCAGUUAACACAUAUGGGAGAGUGGUUGAACACUGGACCAGGUUGCCCAGACAGGUUGUGGAGUCUCCACCCUUGUAGAUAUUCAAAACCCAACUGGACACAGUGCUGGGCAACCUGCUCUAGCUGACCCUGCUUGAGCUGGGGUUUGGACUAGACAACCUCUAGAGGCCCCUUCCAACCUCAACUAUUGUGCGAGGUGCACACAUUCAUAUUACCUGCAUGAAAAAACAAUGCUGCAAAAUCUCAUGGAUCUGUAUGCGAUGUGUGGUGAACCUCGGGUAAAGCCUCUGAAUGCAGGUGAGACAAUAAAGCCUAGGACUUCUGCUUGGAGGAGGUCUUGCGCCUUCAGCCAGCAAAGUUUCCUCCUAGCUUUGAGUAGUUUUAGCACAUCAGUUCUCCCUCCUGUUAGCUCACUACAGGAUCACUGCUAGCGCUGAGCUACAUUACUUCAGACAGGUCAAUUGACGCUACAGCUGACUUUAAAUCAUGCUUCAAGUUCAGAUGUUAGAACAAAAGCCGUCAGGCCUGUACAGCACUGUCUCUCCCGUUAAUGUAGCUGCCCUGUGUUUCUUUCAGGACUCCUCUGAUGAUGGCUUGCACCAGGCAAAACCUGGAGGUGAUCAAACUUCUCGUGGAGCAUGGAGCAAACCCGCUGCUGAAGAACAAGGACGGCUGGAAUUGCUUCCACAUUGCGAGCCGGGAGGGCCAUCUCCAUGUCCUCCAGUACCUGCUGGCUGUAUCCCCAGGCAGCUGGGACACGGAGAGCACGAUAAAGAGGACGCCCUUGCACACAGCGGCGAUGCACGGCCGUUUCGACGUGGUGGAGCUGCUCCUGGAGCGGUGCCAGUACAAACCUGACAGCAGGGACAACUGUGGAGUCACUCCCUUUAUGGAUGCUAUCCAGAACGGGCAUGUCAACAUUGCCCGGCUGCUCCUGCAGAAACACCAGGCCUGUCCUUCAGCUGUAGACGCGUUGGGCGCUCAGGCUCUGCACCUUGCAGCCAUCACGGCCCAGGAUGGAGCCAUCCGCUUCCUCGUCUCCGAGCUGGGUGUUGAUGUUAAUGAGAGAGCGACGGCCCUCCAACUCACAGCGCUCCACUACGCAGCCAAGGAAGGACACGUGCGCACCAUUGAGACGCUGCUGUCCCUCGGCGCCGACGUCCACGCGAAGGAUGGGAAGAGCCGUUCUGCCCUGCACAUGGCCUGCGCAGGGCAGCACGCAGCUGCCGCACGGAUCCUGCUCCGCGCUGGGCUGCGGGACUCCCCGGACAGCACGGGCACCCUGGCACGGCAGCUUGCAAGGAAGCCGGAUGUCAUCCAGCUUUUCCAAGAAAUGGAUGUUAGUACGUGAAACCAACCGAAGAACUGUUACAUUUCCGCAUGGGCUGAGCUACACCUCUUCAGCUCUGCUUGUGCAGCAGCCAGCACGUCUAAACGGCUGAGACCGCUCAAGGAAAGUGCUCCGGGCGCCCCAGGCAGAUGACCUCUGGGGACCUGUAUGGCUAGAAGCCAUUGAGCCUGCCUGGCUCUUCAUGGGAUGUUUCCAUACAUCCUGAAGGGAAAGAAAAACCUGGACCAUUGAUUUCUAAAGCCUUCUAUAGACCUCCUCUUCAUGAACCUGUUAAAUUACUUUAAGUGACCUCCUCUUUCAGUAGCAUCCUGGAGGAGGCCAAGCGUGGUGCAGCAUAAAUGAGCUCUUGGUGACUCUCCCUUCACCAGGAUUGAGAGCUGCAGUGAGCAGUGCACGAAAGCUUCGAGCGACCUCUGCGUCUUACAUCCUUUCUGUGGGCCAAGCCUGAUCCCAAAGCCUGCUGAAAUAGAAAGAAAGACCUAAGCCUUGUGGUGACAUCAAGGGUCUUCGGAUCAGACUGAAAAAGAGCUAUUUGUUAUCGCAGACAACCUUGCUUGGCACUUCUCACCACCAAUGAACUUUAAAAAACCAAACAACUCACACUUUGAAGUGCAUAGGGAGAUGGCUUAAUAUUUCAUGCGGCUGGUAAGUCUCUAACAGUCUGCAAUAUGCGUAAAGCUAAGAGCUGCUGUUGCUGUUUGGUUUUAUAUAUAUCUAGAAUUAAAAGCUUGGUUGCACAUUGAAACAUAACAUGCUCUUAUCUCUAUGUAAUGUCAAGGCAUGGAAAAGAAUGGGAUUCUGCAGUUUUGUUGAUAGCAAACGAUAAAAAUCAGACAGGCCUAUAACUGAGCAGGCUAGGCUUGUGUUUUGCUCUGCUUUACGCUUGGCCCCAAGCCAGGGUGGUCACAUCACGGUUUGAUGCAUGGCCUGCAGGUUCCGUCCCGGUUGGGUUUGAGACGACGCUGAGCUCCGUUCGAGCGGGAAAUUUCCACCUUGCGGUCCCUCGAGCGCGAUUCGCCACGAGGACCCUGAGCCAGAGGCACAACAGCGUUCCUCUGGGCCCUUUUAAACCGGAGCGCAACUGGGCGGUUUGCAGGACGCCGCAGUGCUGGGCAGCAGCUUGCCAGGGCCUCUAACCGGCAGGGCUGUAUUUGUUGUAGGGUGGUGGCUUGCUCCAGUUUCUAAAUAUCCUUGUUGGAGGAUUUUUGGAAGAGGCUGCCGCUGCCCCGGGAGCAGGUCCUGCCUGCAAAGCCCUGCUUUGGGCCCUGCAGAUAUACAGCAGUCUUUCCCUGUCUUGUUUCCUCGUCUGUGAAAGGAAGGAGAUUCUUUUCCACCAGGGAGGGAAAAUAAAUUAAUGCUGGAAGGUGCUAACGGCCCAGGGCGAAGGAAGCUGUAUCAGCCCCUGGACAGGCGAGGAAGCGGCUUUAUUUCUCUCAAGAUCCUGAAUGCUUCUGUAAAUCUGGCCCUGGCCUCCAUAAAGCAGAUCAGGAAUACUGCGGCCUGGUCUGCAUGAGUGCCAGGGGCUGCUUUAUUCCCAUUUUUCAUGGUUCUCACAACCCAGGAAGUAGGUAUUUUUCCCCUCUUGCCCUGCUGAUGGACACAGACUGCUUGCGAGUCUUUUAUGAGAAAGCAAAGGAGAAUGUUUUCAUGUAUCUGCUUCUAGUUUUCCUGGCCACAGCAAAGACCUUGGAAAUAUAAAAGGGAAUUUGCAUUAUUUGUAAGGUGUUUUAUGAUUUCUGAAGGCUUCUGCACAGUAGCAGGAGGCCUCUCCGCCUGGGCAGCUCCUGGGCCUGGGAGCUACGAGACCGCGCUCUCGUCCGAGAGAGAGAUGUAAUUCCACGUCCUCGGUAACGUUUAUUAUUUACCCUUCUCUCAAAUCUGUG